UUUGGUGAUGAUAUCAAUCGGACAUGCUUCUAAACUUCACCGCUUGCGGAGUGAUAGCAGUGCCGAUAAAUGACACCUCACCUGCCACCUAUUUCUUCCUUUCAGACAUUACUCAUCCCUACCAAAUACACGUCGCCUCCUCACAACAACACGUAAAUUCAUUCUACCUAUUUCAAAACCAACUAUAUAAAACUCAUUGUUCAAUACACAUAUACUUCAACCCCACCAAUUUUCCUUCAAUAAUUCUUUCCAAUUCACCAAAAAUGGACACAUCCAAGUUCCCACCUCAGACCCAGAAAACUCAGCCCGGAAAAGAACAUGUAAUGAAUCCACUUCCACAAACCAUACACGCAGACUACAACCCCGCCAAUAAACUUAAGGGAAAGGUGGCGCUGGUGACAGGAGGUGACUCGGGAAUUGGCAGAGCGGUUUGUGUGUGUUUCGCGAAAGAGGGUGCAACUGUGGCUUUCACAUACGUAAAGGGGCAUGAGGACAGGGAUAAAGAUGACACUCUGAAGAUGCUGCUAGAAGCUAAAACAGGUGGUGCAGAUGAUCCAUUGGCAAUAGCGGCGGAUAUUGGCUUUGAUGAGAAUUGCAAGCAGGUGGUGGAGCUAGUGGUCAAGGAAUAUGGACGCAUUGAUGUUCUAGUCAACAAUGCAGCCGAGCAGCAUUUAACAAACUCUGUAGAGGAAAUCACACAGCAGCAGAUCGAAAGAGUCUUCGCCACCAAUAUCUUUUCACACUUCUUUUUGGUCAAACAUGCUCUGAAGCACAUGAAGGAAGGGAGUUCCAUCAUCAACUCUACUUCGGUUAACGCGUACAAUGGGAAUCCAGAAGCGUUGGACUACACUGCUACCAAGGGAGCCAUUGUUGCCUUCACGAGAGGUCUUUCUCAGCAGGUGACGAACAGGGGAAUCAGGGUUAAUGCUGUUGCACCUGGCCCAGUUUGGACGCCGAUACAACCUGCUACAAAGUCUGGUGAAUUGGUUCAGAAGUUGGGGUGUGAGUUGCCAAUGAAGCGUGCGGCUCAGCCUAGUGAGAUUGCACCGUGUUAUCUGUUCUUGGCCACUCAUCAGGACUCUUCCUACUUUACUGGUCAAGUUCUCCAUCCAAAUGGUGGAGAGAUCGUCAAUGCUUAAUGUAGCAGCUUUUGUGCCUUCAUCUAUUUACUAUUCAACUGGUGUUUCUGUGUUACACAGAAACAGAAACACUGUUAUGUUUGGAUGUAGUAGCAUUUGCCUUCAUAUAUGAACAAAUAAGGGUGCUGAUACUUUCACCCCACAAAAAUAAAAUUAAUUUAAAAUCAUAAUAUAUAUUAUUAUUAGAA